AUGGCGUUCAACGGGAAGGCCCCGUACGCCCCGGAGUACGCCUCUUACAACUGGGUGGGAGCUCCCUCCAAAUAUGAACUCUCAACCAAUGCCGACCUGGGUGGUGAUUCCCGCGUCGAAAAUGUGAACAAAUGGUUCCAAUCUGGUGACCAGGCCUACAUUAUUGUGGCCUCCGCCAUGGUCAUGGUCAUGAUUCCCGGUCUCGGUUUCUUGUACUCAGGUUUGGCCCGUCGAAAGUCGGCCCUCAGUAUGAUCUGGGCCUGUAUGGCUUCUUUCUCCGUCGUCACCUUCCAGUGGUACUUCUGGGGUUAUUCACUGGCUUUCUCCCCGACCGCUACCAAUGGUUAUAUCGGCAACCUACGCAAUUUCGGCUUGAUGAAGACUCUGGCAGAUCCAAGCCCUGGUUCACCGUUGGUCCCUAACUUGCUUUACGCGUUUUACCAGAUGCAAUUCUGUGGUGUCACUGCUGCUAUUGUGAUGGGAGCUGUUGCCGAACGCGGUCGGCUUCUUCCCGCCAUGGUUUUCACUUUCGUCUGGGCUACCAUCGUUUACUGCCCUCUCGCCUGCUGGGCAUGGAAUGUGAACGGCUGGGCCUACAAGUACGGCGUGAUGGACUACGCCGGUGGAGGUCCCGUCGAAAUCGGAUCCGGAUUCACAGCUUUGGCCUACUCGAUGGUCCUCGGUCGCCGCCAGGAACGCAUGAUGCUCAACUUCCGCCCUCACAACGUCUCCCUUAUUCUUCUCGGCACGGUUUUCCUUUGGUUCGGCUGGCUCGGAUUCAACGGUGGUUCUUCCUUCGGUGCUAACCUGCGUGCUACCAUGGCUUCUUGGAACACCAACUUGACUGCUGCCUUUGCGGCCAUCACAUGGGUUCUGCUCGAUUGGCGCCUGGCUCGUAAGUGGUCCAUGGUCGGUUGGUGUUCCGGUACCAUCUCUGGAUUGGUAGCUGCCACCCCGGCCUCUGGAUUCAUCUCUCCAUGGGCCAGUGUGAUUCUCGGCGUGGUCACCGGCAUCGUGUGCAAUUACUCCACCAAGAUCAAGUACUGGAUCCGCAUCGACGACUCUAUGGAUGUGUUGGCUGAGCACGGUAUCGCUGGUAUCGUCGGUCUGAUCUUCAACGCCCUUUUUGGUGACGACUCCAUCGUCGGCCUGGACGGCGUCAACACCGGCUCCGCAGUCGGCGGCUGGGUCAUCCACAACUACAAGCAACUCUACAUCCAGAUCGCCUACAUCGUCGCCACAGCCUCCUACGCCUUCGUCAUGUCCGCCAUCAUCGCCUACGCCAUCAACGCCAUCCCAGGCCUGAACCUGCGCGCCUCAGAGGAAGCCGAGCUUCUCGGUAUGGACGACGACCAACUUGGUGAAUUCGCCUACGACUACGUCGAGGUCCGUCGCGACUACCUCGCCUGGACUCCCCAGAACCACGACCAACUUGAAGACGGCCACCAGGUCCCUGCUGCCCAGCGCUACGGUAUCAACGAACACAGCGAGAUGAUGCUCGGUGGACCUCCACGCGAAAUGAUGCUCGAGGGCCACUCGCCCAAUGGUGAGAUCAGCCAGAGCAGUCGAGGCGGCAGUGAAGGCGACAUGAUCCACGAGGUCAAGCUUGCUCCUGCUCCACGCCAGGUCGCCGAGCACCAUCCCCCAGACACACAGCAGGUCCGUGAACCAGCCGUUAUCCUGGGACCGGUUGAUGAGAAGACAGAGAAUUAA